ACUCUCUCCAUGGGAUCGGCUAUGUCCACUCGAAAGAAGACGCCCGGUGGCAGUGUGUCUUUCGAGAUCGGCAUCCUGAGGAACUCGUAGAUCCGAGAAGGCAAGGAAAACGAAUUGGAAGAAGUUUCAGUACUUCUCGUAGCAAUGCGUGUGCUAUCUUUUGGAAAGAGGCAAAGACAGAUGUCCAUGGACGAUGGAUACACUCGGUGCACAGCCGAGGACCAAGCGGACCGAACCUACGACUCGAUAGAUCAGAACUUUGCCGCGAGCUUGUGAUCGGCAACAUGCUGCCCGGAGGAGGUCUGGGGACGAGUAUGACUGUGGCGAUGAAGUUCAACAUCGCAGUAUGGGAAGGUGCAGAGAUUCGAGUGAAAAAUCUCGGUGAUGCGAAGAUGCCUCCGUGCCUCCGCUCGAACUGCACUGCACGGAGGGCACCUGGUUGGCCUGGAGUACGCAAUAUCAGCAGGAGAACGGCCGUAGCACUCCGACGUCCUCGACGCAGUCCAGUGAUUUUGCGGUUUGGUGCUCAUAGUCAAGUCUCCGACAUGACCGUCGGACGCCUGGACAGCUCAAUUGCCGAGCGAGAUAGAGAAGACCCGACGCGAGAAAUUCCGUUAGACCUACGUGCGUGGUAGGGUCGUUCUGAUGCACAGGCUGUAGGAAUGGAGA